AAAUGGUGGGACCCAAAACACACUUGCUUCCACUCCUGCUCCUCCUCCUCUUCCUCUCCGCCCUCUCCUUCUUCUCCUACCACCACUCCUCCCUCCUAAUCUCACUUUCAAGCCCUAACCCUAACCCUAACCCUAACCUUAAUCUCACUCUCCACCCCCAAAUUCCCAAUUUCACCUUCAUCAUCAAGGUCCUCGCCUACAACCGCCUCGACUCCCUCUCCCGCUGCCUCCGCUCCCUCGCCGCCGCCGACUACCUCUCCGACCGCGUCCACCUCCACCUCCACAUUGACCAUUUCCCCCUCUCCGACGCCGCCGACGCCGAUCGCAAGCUGCAGGAGUCGCGUCGCAUUCUGGACUUGGUCGAUGGAUUCGAGUGGAAGUUCGGCGACAAGGUCGUGCAUUACCGGACUCAGAACGCGGGCCUCCAGGCCCAGUGGCUCGAGGCCUGGUGGCCCAGCUCCGAUCACGAGUUCGCGUUCGUCGUGGAAGAUGACUUGGAGGUGUCGCCGCUCUAUUACAAGUUUCUCAAGAGUCUGAUUGUGAAUUACUAUUACAACGCCUCCAAUUCUCGUCCUUACAUCUAUGGAGCUUCGCUUCAGCGACCAAGGUUUGUUCCAGGUAAACACGGGAACAAACUACAAUUGGAUGACGGAACACGACUCUUUUUGUACCAACUGGUUGGCACUUGGGGUCAGCUUCUGUUUCCUAAACCUUGGAAAGAGUUCAGGUUGUGGUACGACAAACACAAGGCCAAGGGCAUUAAGCCAAUCCUCAAUGGCAUGGUAACAACUGGGUGGUAUAAAAAGAUGGGAGAGAAGAUAUGGACACCUUGGUUCAUUAAAUUCAUUCAUACUCGUGGCUAUUUUAAUAUCUACACCAACUUUUUACAUGAAAGAGCGCUUAGUGCCUCUCACAGAGAUGCUGGUGUCAAUUAUGGGAAGACAGCUGGGCCUGAUUCACAUAUAUUGGAUGAAAGUUCUCUUGAUUUGAAGUUUUGGGAUAUGCAACCGUUGAGUGAUCUCAAGUGGUAUGAUUUUUGUUUCAGAGAAAUAUUUCCUGAAAGAGUUGUUGUGAGCCUUGAUGAACUUGGGUCCAUUCUUGAUUCUGUGCAGAAACACAACACCAUUAUUGUUGUUAGCCUGUUUGGGGCUAAAGAGAUGGUAAUAAGAAACCUACUCUGCCACUUUGAGACUCUAAAUAUGCUGAAUUAUGUACUUAUUGGCCCCGAGUCUGAACUCUUGUUCGAUCUGGCAAGAAGAGGACAUCCAGUGAUCGCUGCGAACCGCUUUCUGGACAGUGUAGGAGCACAUAAAUUGAUUUCUAUGAAGCAUUUUCAUGUGCACAUGAUCAAUGAAAUAUUAGUCAAGGUCUAUGUAUUACAGAAGUGUUUACAAUCUGGGUACAGUUCCUGGGUGGUGGAUGGGAACAUGCUUCCAGUCAGCAGAGAUGCAUUUGUCGAGUCUGAUCACUCGUAUGAUUUCUAUAUAGAGAUUUUGGAACAGAAAAAAGGUGUGAGGGUGAAGAAUCUUGAUGAGACAAGCUUUGGUGUUAGGAUCGAUAACAGUAGGGUCAAUCAAUCUUUAGGUGAUGGAAAGCAGGUGGCUUUCUGGUCACAUGAUAUGGCUUCAGAUUUAGUUCAACAACGGCUUCAGGAACUGGGUGUUUGGUCUGUGGAUGACGACUUUUCUUGUAAGGCUGUUAUUUGUCACCAAUCAUAACAUCUGGUAGCAGUUAUACACGAAUUGGAUUAUUGUUUCAUUGUAUUCUACAUUCUAUCUGUAGCUGUUUGCUUUUGUAGUGUUGCAGCUCUUAUUGUAUUCAAACCAAUUUUCCCCAGAUCCAUUUAUCAAUUAACAGGAAGAUAGUGAUUUUUCAACA